AUGGGGGAACUGUUCAGGAGCGAGGAGAUGACGCUUGCCCAGCUCUUCCUCCAGUCUGAGGCAGCCUAUUGCUGUGUCAGCGAGCUGGGAGAACUGGGAAUGGUUCAGUUCCGCGAUCUCAAUCCAGACGUGAAUGUGUUCCAGAGGAAGUUUGUGAAUGAAGUGAGGAGGUGUGAGGAGAUGGACAGGAAACUAAGGUUUGUCGAGAAGGAGAUUAAAAAAGCCAACAUCCCAACUGUGGAUACAGGAGAGAACCCCGAAGUCCCCUUCCCUAGGGAUAUGAUUGACCUGGAGGCCACGUUUGAGAAGCUGGAGAACGAGCUGAAGGAGAUCAACACCAACCAGGAAGCCCUGAAGAAGAACUUCCUGGAGCUGACUGAGCUCAAGCACAUCCUGCGACGUACCCAGCAGUUCUUUGAUGAGAUGGAGGACCCAGCCCUGAUGGAAGAAUCGUCAGCCCUAAUGGAGGGUAACGAGGGGGGCCGGGGAGCACCGCUCCGACUGGGGUUUGUUGCUGGGGUGAUCAGCCGGGAGAGGAUCCCUACCUUUGAGAGGAUGCUGUGGAGAGUGUGCCGCGGCAACGUCUUUUUACGUCAGGCAGAAAUCGAGGACCCCCUGGAGGACCCCGCCACGGGCGACCAAGUCCACAAGUCAGUCUUCAUCAUCUUUUUCCAAGGCGAUCAGCUGAAGAACAGAGUCAAGAAGAUAUGUGAGGGGUUCCGGGCCUCCCUCUACCCCUGCCCCGAGACUCCCCAGGAAAGGAAGGAGAUGGCUGCUGGGGUCAACACCCGUAUUGACGACCUCCAGAUGGUGCUGAACCAGACAGAGGACCACAGACAGAGGGUGCUCCAGGCUGCAGCCAAGACCAUGAGGGUGUGGUUCAUCAAGGUGAGGAAGAUGAAGGCCAUUUACCACACGCUGAACCUGUGCAACAUCGACGUCACCCAGAAGUGCCUGAUCGCCGAGGUGUGGUGCCCUGUAUCCGACCUGGACUCCAUCCAGUUCGCCCUGCGCCGAGGAACGGAGAGGAGUGGCUCCACAGUGCCCUCCAUUCUCAACAGGAUGACCACCAAGCAGACUCCGCCCACCUUCAACAAGACCAAUAAGUUCACCUCUGGAUUCCAGAACAUCGUGGAUGCCUACGGGAUCGGAAAUUACCGGGAGAUCAACCCAGCACCGUACACCAUCAUCACUUUCCCUUUCCUGUUUGCGGUCAUGUUCGGGGACAUGGGUCACGGUGUGCUGAUGACCUGCGCCGCUCUCUACCUGGUCAUCCGAGAGAGCCGCAUCCUCUCCCAGAAGACUGACAACGAGAUGUUCAACAUGGUAUUCGCUGGACGCUACAUCAUCCUGCUGAUGGGAAUCUUCUCUGUCUACACCGGUAUCAUCUACAACGAUUGCUUUUCCAAAUCCCUCAACAUGUUUGGCUCCGGUUGGAGUGUCCGGCCCAUGUUCAGCCCCAAGGGAGCCAACUGGACGUUUGAAACUCUCAAUGAAAAUAAGGUGCUGCAGUUGGACCCAGCCGUGCCAGGUGUCUUCAAUGGCCCCUAUCCACUGGGUAUAGACCCGAUCUGGAACAUUGCCACCAACAAGUUGACCUUCCUUAACUCCUUCAAGAUGAAGAUGUCUGUGAUCCUGGGAGUGAUCCACAUGAUGUUUGGCGUCUCUCUCAGCCUGUUCAACCACCUGUACUUCAAGAAGCCCCUGAACAUCUUCCUGGGUUUCAUCCCUGAGAUUGUCUUCAUGGCCAGCCUGUUCGGCUACCUCAUCAUCCUGGUCUUCUACAAGUGGACGGCCUACGACGCUUUCACCUCCAAGGACGCGCCCAGCCUCCUCAUUGCCUUCAUCAACAUGUGUCUCUUCAACUACGGCGACGUCACCAAUAAGCCUCUCUACCGGGGACAGAUGGGGAUCCAGAUUGUUUUGGUGCUGAUUGCCCUUGCAUGUGUUCCCUGUAUGCUGAUAGUGAAAACUAUGGUGCUUCGGCGCCAGCACCUGUGGAAAAAGCACCUGUCACAGAAGAGGGAAGAAUGCCCUGCAGAGAAUCUAGAGCAAUCUUUAGAGCAAACAGGCGUGUCCUCAUCAACCGGACUCACCCAACAGGGCACACAGAAAUUCGGAGGGGUGCGGGUGGGCAACGGGCCCACGGAGGACGAAGCUGGUAUCAUGGACCAUGACGCGCUCUCACAGCACUCUGAGGACGGAGACGAGCAUGCAGAGGAGGAACCGUUUGACUUUGGAGACGUGGCAGUCCACCAGGCCAUCCACACCAUAGAAUACUGCCUGGGCUGCAUCUCCAACACUGCCUCCUACCUGCGACUCUGGGCCCUCAGUCUGGCCCAUGCACAGCUGUCGGAGGUGCUUUGGACCAUGGUGAUGCACCUGGGCCUAUCCUCCAGGAGCGGUGGCGGCUUCUUUGGCCUGUCAAUCAUCUUCGCGGCUUUCGCCAUGCUCACCGUGUGCAUCCUGCUCAUCAUGGAAGGCCUGUCCGCCUUCCUGCAUGCGCUCCGUCUCCACUGGGUGGAGUUCCAGAAUAAGUUCUACACGGGGCAGGGCUUCAAGUUCGUCCCCUUCUCCUUCGAGAGCAUCCUGGAGGGGCGAUUUGACGAGUAAACCAGCUCGGCCACACCCCUGACAAAUCCCAGAUCCCUCUAUAAACGUUUCUGCACGGACCCCCAAACUGCAGCUCUCUUACCCCCUCUAGGAGCCAUGUUGUGACGUGUCGGUUCGUGAGUUGUGUAUCUAUGCUCCUCUUUGCUCCACUCCAGCCUCGCAAUGUUGUGAAGUGUUGUUGUUGUUUUUCCAUUUUCAAGAAACUCCCUCCUUCCUUCCGUGAUGCCAUAAGAAGUCGCUGCAUAUUGUGUGUGUGUCGCGUUUCACCCAUGAGCUUAUCAGUUGCUCUUCAUUCAUAUGAAAGAUGGUCGUGAAGGUUUUAUUAUAUGGCAUCCUAUGGAAUACUAUGGCAUCCUAUGGCAUUCCCUCAAUGUGACUGGUGUAAAAUGUUCUGGUAUAUCUAUUCAGAGAGAAUGUCCCCUGUGUGUUGUGGCUCUCCCUGUGUGUAUUGUUUUGUGCAGUAUGAUCUAGCUAUUAGCGUGACCGUGGCAAGAGGAAAUCAUAACAGGUGCUUCCUGCUAAGGAUAUGACCAAAUUGAGAUGGGGAGAUUAUGGGGACAUGUUCAGGAGCAGUUUCAUUUGACUGUAUUUUCUGAACCCGCUCCGUUGAGGAGCAGGCAGAGCGAUAUUUAAAUCAAAACAUAAAAUGCAUUUCUAUUGGUUACUGUACUAUACUAAUUGACUUGCCCCUAACUUGUAGCUACAGUAUGAGGAUACACUGUAUUGUUGUUUAUGAUACUGUAGUACUUACACAUAUAUUAUUUUAAAUGCUGUAUUUAUAGUAGCCUAUUCUACCCUCAAACUCAUGUGAUGAAAACAACACUCUCUUUGGUUCAUAUCGGUGGUUGUGUGUGAUGUGGGCUGUCAAGUAAUGAAACAUAUCUAUCAAAAUACACACAUGAAGUCCUCUCGAGUACAAUCCUAUGGUUUGUAGUCAUCGACAAAUAUUGAUUUUGUAUUAUUUUCGUUCUGUGAAUACAUAUUUGAACUGGUUGUCAAUGUGGUCAUUUGAAUUGUUGUGUUGUGUUCAUAGUAGGUGUGUGCGUGUGUGCAUGCCUGCAGAAGGAUUGGCCUAUUUAAAACAAAGUCCUGUUGUUAACGGUCAAAUUUACUCUGCAGUGUAACAUGUGCUCUGUCAGUUGAUGUGUGUACAUGAUAUCAGUCAGAUGUGUUUGUGAAGCUAACUAUUAAAACAAAGUGUUUGGGGAAUGGCCCUAGAGUCCUCA